CCAGAUUAAAUGUCCUUAUCUCCAUCUAUCUUCUAAAACCGUCAAGAGAUUUCGUUCUCUCGUCGACGAAGCACGCAGCUUUCAUCAUUCUGUGCUCAUUCGAAUCUGAAAAUAAUAAUACAUGCUCAGGUGCCGUAACUGGUACAAAUCAGACUUCUAAAAAAAAAAAAAAAAAAAAAAAAAAAGAAACUCCUACAGAAAAAAAAAACAAUCAUAAACUCUUCGAAAUUUUGUUAGCAAAAAUGGCCAAAGAAUACAAAGUGAAUCCCUGGUGUGCUUUGGCUGUGCUGGCGCUGGGAUAUGCAGUUAUACUUGGCCCUCUGCUCGCCUACUACAUUCCCUCGGGUCGGAAUGGAGUUUUCUACUACUUCUACAACAGCACGGACGGCGAGAGACACCCCUUCAGCCCCACCGCCGAAGGUCUGUCCCAAGUCCCCAUUUCGUCGAGCUCUGACGUCACGCUCAUCGUCCACGGUUUCAGCGAGUCCUCAAACCGCCCUUGGAUUCACAGGCUUACGAAAGCCCUGAUAGCGAGAGGCGAAGGGAAACACGUAGUCCUGGUGGUGGACUACUGGGACCUCCACAGCCUCAACUACCUCGUCAUGAGACAGAACGCGAGGGUGGUGGCGGACCUCCUCGCCGCCCUCAUCGAUGGGCUCGUGAGGGAGAACGAGAUGGACCUCGCCCGCACACACGUCGUGGGCUUCAGCAUGGGCGGGCGGAUCAGUGGCAUGGUGGGCCAGCGCUUGAAAACCGGGACUUUAGGCAGAAUCACAGCGCUAGAUCCUUCCUUCCCCUUCCUGCACCCCGUGGACAACGCAGAGCAGCUGGACUCGUCAGACGCGGACUUGGUGGUCAUCCUGAGGACGUCGGUGGUGUCCUACUUCAACCCAAAAGGACACGUGGAUUUCUCCCCCAACGGAGGCAUCGUCCAACCAGGAUGCGACAUCUGGUUCUAUCCGAGUCCAGUGCAACAGGGAUGCAGUCACUUCCGCGCCGUGACGUUGGCUCUUGAGGCGACGCAGAAGGGAGGCCAGGGCGCGUUUCCCUCGUGCGGCUGCCGCGACUGGGAGAGUUUCGUCAACGCGUCUUGCUCCUGCAGCGACACGAGCAAUUUCUAUCUCACUUCGUAUACCGGGCCGAGCGGUCACUUCUUCCUGCACACGAACUCCGACCCGCCUUACACACUCCCUCUUCGGCCGUAGCGACGUUGUCUGUCUCCAAGUAUUCUCUGCCUCUGUGUCUUUUGCAUAUUUCACGUCUUCGAAUCGCAAAAGAACCCGACGGCGCUUCUAAAAUGUGAACAAUCCCCACUACCUCACUGGUGGCAAGGGGGUGUAUUUGCACAUUUUUUUGCGUGUAUUGUACGAUCAAAUAGGUUAGGAUUAACGCAGCUGUGAAGUGGCGGGUUGUGUCAUGUGUGGGUCAUCAAGAAUUCAGUUGUUAACGUAAACUCUCUAAAAGGUUAGGGACCGCUGUGUAAAAUUAUUUCCCAGGGUAGAAUAUGACGAAGCUUGCCUUGCUCGUAUUGAUACUAUCGACUUUCAUGGAUUAAUUACUAUUGUUUUGAUAAAAUGGCAGAUACUCAAUAAACUUUGAUAAACAUC